AUGCCGUCUUUUGCCUUCUGGAAGAGCAACAAGCUGGAUCCGUCCAAGGCACCAUUGCUCACCGAAGGUACGGCGACAGAAGACAACAACAUCGGUAUCCCAUUGGUACCAAGAAAUCUGGAUCUUAAUCCCGAUGGCGAGGAUUCUGGUGUUUUUCUCUUCGACGAAGAUGCGCUGCCGCUGGAGCAUGAGCAGGUGUUGGAAGCUGUGCCUCUCAUCGCAACUCCGCCUCCUGAGGAACGGGAGCCUUUGGUGCGAGAGCCUGAACGAGAUGUCCAGCUGCAGGAAGCCGUUCCGCAGCAAGCAAAGCCCACGCCUUCCCCUUCUGAGCACGAUCAAGACAGCGCACUUAAACGGCCAGUGUCUACCGCAGCUAUCAGUGCCACACAAUCCCGCGACCGAGACUCUGGUGUGUACGUCUCCGACGACGACAUUCUACCACCACAGUCACGACCCACGUCUCUCGCUCUAAACGAGUCCAAUCAACAGUCAAGAAACUCAUCCAUCUCUUUGAAACACACUGCUUCAACGUCGACCUCUUCACCCCGCCAACACACAGACUCAAUUGCCCGCCUGAAACGGCCUGCAGAGCUGAACCUAGGAACGAACCCCGUGUCCGACUCCUCCAAGCCACGCUCCGAGCUCGAGAAGCGGUACGAUUUGAUCCGCAAUUCAAAGACGCAAUCGAAAGCUGCUCUGCGGUCGCCUACAGCACUGCUACAAGAGCGAUUGAACAUGCCUGCGAAGAAGGAGAAGGUCGAAGAAGAGAAGACGCGCGUAUUCACACCGCCACCGCAGACGACGAAUGGGUGUUGGCUACCAGGUCCAGGCGCGCAGGUACACGCUUUCACCAGCACGUCAGUGCGUGCGCGGACUGAAGCUGGUAAUCGACCGGCAUGGUGGUGUAAAGUCGACAAACUCGUUGUGUUUGAUGGCAUCGAUGCCACUAGCGAUGGAGAUAUGAAAAUCCACACUCGCACAAGCAAGGGUCUUAGCAUUGCGCGACGACGUGGCGAUAUGGAGACGAUCGUCAUUCCGAUGGACUGUGCACAUUGUCAGGAGAUGCUCAACCGUCAUGAGUGGAAGUACGACAUGCGCGUGUGCAAGAGGAGUGUGUGCUGGGAUUGCAAGGACAGGUGCAAGUGGGAGUUGGAACAGGAGAAGCUUGCUUCUGAGCAGACAGCGGCCAGAGCGGAUGGCAACAGAUAUCGCGCGGAUAGCGUGUUGCAGGACGAAGGACUUGAAGAGGAGCAUUUGAUGCAAAAGGUCGGCAUUGAACAACAUCGGCCAAUGAGUCCGAUUCAAGCUAUCGGUGGCAUUGAAGAAAGACUGAGAGUUUAG